AUGGUCAUCGGGUUCAUUGGACCUGGCGGAUUCAUCGGCGCCAACGGCGAAUUCAUCACACCACGCGGAUUCAUCAGCACCAACAGCGGAUUCAUCAACACCAACAAUAGAACCAAUAAGCACCUCGCGAAUCCCUCCCUUUCGUCCGAAAACCGCAGCGCCGCAGUCAAGAAGCCCGGUUUCGCCGCUGCUAACGACGACGGCCUUCUCCGUGGGAGUUCUGAUUUCGGCAACCUGAAUGACAAUGGCAACCCUGUCGAUGACCACGUCGAUGAGUACGGCGAUGCGCCCGAAGGGUCCGAGGACGACGGCAGCCACCCUGCGAGAGGCCGCCAGGGCCGCGCCGGCAAAGACCCCCUUGCUGAAGACAGGACGAACACAAAUAAAGACCGCGCUAUUGCGCGAGCUGUACGGGAGAUUGAAGACGCUGAGCUUCUUAAGGAAGUCGUAGUCUACAUCAACGUCUUUUUCACCGGCGAGGUUGCCGUCAGGAGCCAUGUCGAGGCCGCAUACGACGCGUACUGGACCAAUGAGCCCUACAUGGCCAAACUCCCCGAGCACGCUGCGGUGCUUGCCAUUCGGUAUUGCAAUGGACGCGGCGGACUCAGCGAAGUUGUUGGAGGCAAACUUGCUUCCAUCGGACGUGGCGACCUACUCUACGUAGCCCGCGAUGCUCCUCCCGUCGGAACCAGACAAUCUGGCCCGGGAAACGCAGCGAUCGAAGCACGGUUUGCAGCCCAGGACCUCGCGAUGCAGGCUCUCAUUCAGAACGUCGUGGAUGCCGCAAAGCGCUUUGACGACGCGAUGGACCUCAUCGCUAUGGUUGACAAUCGAGUGCCUAACCUUACCAACGUCGUAGCCGACGCUGCCAAAGCGGCAAAAUUAGAGGCCAACAACAGCAAAAAGGCCCGCACGGGAGACCCGGGAGCCUUACAACAUGCCCACCGGGAGAUGUGCAACCGUAUCAAGGCCGCCAAGGCCGUCGCGCAGGCCGCCGCACCACCUGUGCCGUCUCCAUUGUUCCAGCGAGUCCCGGUCAUGCCAGCGAUCCAGCGAGCCCCAGCCCCGCCAGCGGCCAUCCCGACAGGCCGCCCCGUCCACGGCGUGAAGCGCUAA